CCCCACCCGACUCUCUCAUUGAAACAAACAGCAGUCAGCAAAGGCCCAAAUGAAAUGCGGGUACGUUCAACGAAAACUCUCUGCGAACAAGAAGGCGAUAGCCGCAGUGUGACCACAACCCAUCGCCGGAACCCUUCAGAUAAAUAUACGUGUGUUGGAGGUAGUCAAUGGGGCGUAAUUUAUCAAAUGACUCAGAAUCUCCGGUUAAAGGACGUAGAUCUCCGAGUAGAAGAAGCCCAUCUCGAAGAGAAAGAUCUCCUGUUCGGCAUAGGAGUUCACACGCAACAAGCUCACCACCAAGAGAGAAACCUUCUAGUCGCACCAAGUCUACCAAACACUCAAAGUCAAACUCUCCAGUUUCUCGUUCCCCUUCACCGCGGACAAAACGAUUAAGAAGAACUCAAGUUGAAAAAGAGUUUGAGAAAGGGAGUGAUAGGGAACGUGAGAGGAAUCAUGUUAGAGGAGGCAACAAGGCUACACACAGGGAAAGGGUUUCAGAUAGGGAAGCUCCAAGUGAGAGAAGGGAUAGAAGUUCAGGAAGGGAUGCUGUUGAUAGAGGUUCUUCUCGAUCAAGACAUGGGCGAUCAGCUUCUCCUUCAGAUCAUCAUCACAGGAGUAGACACAAAUCUCACUCCCCUCCUUCGGCUGCCAAUGACAAAGCACGUCACAAGGGUACAAACUCAAGAGAAGAUGAACAACGCCCAAGAGAAGAUAAACAACGCAAUGGUGAUGAUGAUUCAGUAGCUAAAAUGAAGGCUGCUGAAGAGGCCCUAGAAGUAAAGGAAAAGCAAAAACCUUCAUUUGAGCUCUCUGGAAAACUUGCUGCGGAAACGAAUCGAGUCAGAGGUGUGACACUGCUGUUCACUGAACCCCCAGAUGCCCGAAAACCAGAUAUAAGAUGGCGACUGUAUGUUUUCAAGGGUGGUGAAGUGCUUAAUGAGCCCCUUUAUGUACAUCGUCAAAGCUGUUACCUUUUCGGGAGAGAGAGGAGGGUAGCAGACAUCCCUACGGAUCACCCAUCUUGCAGCAAACAACAUGCUGUUCUUCAGUACAGGCAAGUAGAUAAGGAGCAAGCUGAUGGUAUGUUAUCAAAGCAAGUAAGGCCUUACUUAAUGGAUCUUGGAAGCACAAAUGGAACUUUUCUUAAUGAUAAUCGCAUUGACCCUGAACGCUAUUAUGAACUUUUUGAAAAAGACACUAUUAAGUUUGGUAAUAGUAGCCGGGAGUACGUGCUGCUACACGAGAACUCAGCUGGAACAUAAACAUCACAUGGCUGCUCCAGUUUGGUUCUCUUAUCAGUAUGUGAGAGUUAUCGGAAAUCUUGUUUGGAGAGAUUAACAUUAUCUUUGUGCAAUGACACUAACACGAGACCUUAAUUUAAAUGUUGAACUUUUCGAAGUGCCUUACUUGCAACAUUUUAGAACUAUUAAAGCUCCGCAUCACUUGAUGGAAACUGUUUCUGGCAAGCUCUCCUUGUUUUUUGUAUCUUAUAUAUCUACAACAUCGUUGGUCUUUCAGUGUAUGUGACAUGAUCAUUAGGUGCUUUGGAAAUUCACUUUGAAGUUUCAGCUGAAUUUCUUUCAAUUUCAUGGUACCAAAUUCAAAUUCAAGCCACCAAUUCGGUACGUUUGAACGCAACAUUGGUUGGUUAAUGUUGUAGAGUGUUGAAAUGUCUUGGGAACUCGUGUAAUUAGAAGACAACGGUGGUCUUUGUAUUCUUUGGCUAUGUUAAUGUACAAAUGGAUUGGAACAUUUAUGGUAA